AUUUCCUUGCCUGUCUCCUUGAGCGCUGUCGGAUUUCUUCAGGCAAAUGGUGGUUGCAUAUUUUGUGCUGGCACCGCCUUUUUCUACGUCACGAGCGAGAGCCGCUCUUCAGUUUGACUAGCCGGUUGCCUCGCAACCCCCUCCCUCUGUUCCGCUACCGGGGGAAUUGUGAAGAGAAAAGGCGUUUUUCCUGGCUUAAAAGCAGAGAUUCGUUCUUCCAGCUGCUCGUGGGACCUCGGGGCUUGCCUCAGCACCCCCGGCGUCGCCUCUCUGCCGCUUUCCGCCCCCAGAAUGAUUUUCGGGCAUCCUGUGCCUGUCGUCUGCGCAAGUGUUAAGCGCCAUGGCUUCACUUUUUUCCUUUCGUUCCCUUCGGCUGGUGCCCAUCGACGGGGCUGGCGCUCCUCGCUGCUGCCGCCCGCCUUACGAAGGUUUCAGGCCUCUCCUCGGCUGUUCCAGUAACCGCGAUGGUCGCCGAAUCUUCACAGAUGGGCUCUCGGAGAGCCGCCACGGUUCAGGCACAUAUGCGGGACGGUGGAGUCUCGUAGAGGCGAGGAAAGCAAAUGCAGAGGCUCUGCGUUUCGCACGAGACAGAAGGCGAUUCUUGACGACACGCAGUGGAAUGGUGACGGAGGAGGAAGGCCUUGCAGGCCCGGAGGCGGCCAACAUUCUUCGAGGACUGCCUACGUAUCAUGUCAAAGAAAAAGAUCUGGAAAAAAAUUUCCUCGAAGUCGACCCCGACAAUCCUACCCCCCUCUUGGAAUACUUCUCUGCCUUGCUGCGUCAAGGGAACCUCGAACCCAAUGAAGCACAGAAGGAACUCAUGAGUAAAUUGCAGGUUCUCAUGGACGACAUCGAAGCAUUUAAUUUGAAGUCAGGCGAUCCCUUCGACCCCCUGACGGCGCGGCCUCCCAGCGCGCCUGCACCGCCUUCGUCUGCCAACGAGCGGAAAACGGGCCUCGGCCUUCUUUCUCGACUGUGGCGGGGAGACAGAAGCUCGGACGGCGAGCGCGUCGCAGCUCUCGCGACGUCUCUCGACGAAGCGAAGGAGGAGAUCGUUCCUCGAAUCCGCCCGGAGAUUCGAGGUCUGUACAUCUACGGAGGCGUCGGCCAAGGCAAGACGAUGAUCAUGGAUGCGUUCUACGACUGUCUGAAAAUCAAACACAAACUACGAAUUCACUUUCACCAGUUCAUGGUGGAAGUCCAAGAGGCACUCCAUCGCGUGAAGUCUCAGCGGCGUUACGAGGACCCGCUUUUCGAGGUGGCGAAGCAGGUUCGGUCUCAGGCGCAGGUUUUGUGCUUCGAUGAAUUUCAGGUCGUGCACAUCACCGACGCGAUGAUUCUCAAACGCCUUUUCGAAUUUCUCUUCUCCUUCGGCGCAAUCGUCGUCGCGACCUCGAAUCGACCGCCAGUGGACCUCUACAAAGGCGGUCUGAAUCGCCAGCGCUUCCUUCCGUUCAUCGACCUCCUGCUGGACUCCUGCGAGGUCUUCCAUAUUGAAACCCACAAAGACUACCGGCUGAGCAAGAUGGCGGCGAAUUCUCACGGUUUAUACUUUGUGCGUGAGAGGCCUCAGGAAGAAAUUCUCAAACAGAUGCUCGGUCUUACUCAGGGUGAACAGCCAGAGCCUGGCGUCGUCCAGGUCGCCAUGGGCCGCGAACUUCAGGUGCCUUUGAUGGCGAAGGGCGUUGCGCAGUUUGCGUUCGCGGAUUUGUGCGAGGCUGCAAUGGGAACUCCUGAUUUCUUGGCAGUUGCGCGGAACUUCCACACGGUGUUCUUGAGUCGAAUCCCCGAGCUGACAGACAUGCAGCAGUUCCCCAACGAAAUUCGGAGAUUCAUUGACCUCGUCGACGUCCUCUACGAAAAGCAUGUGCGGGUGAUUUUCGAUGCGGCGGCGCCGCCGUUCCGCCUGCUGGGCAUCACGGCGACGACGGCUAAUUUCGAGGAGCUUCGCCAGGCGAUCCAGAAGAAGUUUCCGACGGUCCAGGCCUUUUUCGAGGCUUUGCAACCGUUCCUCCUCGAGAGCGAGAAAUCCAUCAGUCAAGACGCCGACGCUGCGAUCAACCGGGAGAACUGGGUUAAAGGCGCCCACCUCACCGUCGGAGUUUCCACGGAAGCUGCUCUGCAGGUGUUCGAGAAGAUCGACGUUCAAUCGAAAGGCAUUCUGCCGCUGGACGCCAUUCGAUCUGGGCUGUACUUCCACAUGUUGAACUUCGAUGUGACGCGACCGACAGAGAAAAACGUUUUCCUCUUCCAGGGCCGGCCUGCGACUCUCGGUUCCCCCAAAGCCGUCGGCUACGAGCUUUUCAACGAGGGCGGAUCUUCGGGUGCGCAAGAUAUCCAGUUCGCUUACGUCAGAACUGUCUCGAGAAUUCGCGACAUGAUCUCGACGAGCUACUUGGAGGAUCAUCAGAAAAUUUUCAAGUUGCAGGACCUGCGUCUCUUUGGCGUUCCAACGCCUCCAGCGUGAAGAUGAGAAUUUACCGUUUUUCGCAUCGCAAUGUUCUUUUCUGUCGGCCAGUUCCCCAUUCUUGUCCUCCCUCGCUCUCAUGGCGCGGCAUCCCCUUGUGCACACCCUUCCUUAUGUUGUGCUUUCAUUUGUAGAUAUGUUCGAGCUGGAUCCACCUGUGUAGUGGUGUAUCAAAAGGACAUAGAGAACAACAACUAUCAGCAUGCAUUUCCAUGAACAUGUACACAUAUAUAUUUAUAUAUAUUUAUAUAUAUGUAUAUACAUAAAUAUAUUUAUACAUGUAUAUAUAUAUAUAUAUAUAGUAUAUAUCUGUAUAUAUGUAUAUGUGUACGGUUGCACACUGAUAUUAGCAUGGGGAUGCGUUUGAGAGAGGGAAGCUGUGCACUGGCGAGUGGAGGUUUUCCGGAGGUGCCUCUUCACUGUGCAUCGUGGAGAUCCUCCUGGGUUGAAUUGCCGGUGCAUGCAGUUCUGGUGUACGGCAUGCGAGCGAGAUGUUCGUUUUUUCGUUCUCGGUCGCUGGAAUUUUGGAUUUGUUUUUCUCUGCUGUGGAGCUUCAACUGCGAGGAAACGUUUCCGCGUCUCUUCACUCUCGCUGUCUUUGCUCCAAAGAAAAUUCUCGGCGGGGAGCUCGAGAGUUUUCUUUCCACGCAAACGAUGAAUUUCGGCAACAAACGUCGCGCAUCGGGGCGCACUACGCGCUUCCGUUCCUCGCCACUGCUCUCUGCCCUCGUCUACGCAAGCGUCAUUCGGUCGACGCAUAUGCAUUUAUUCAUCGAAUUGUGAACGCACAGCUUCGCCUAUAUAUGCAUAUACAC